CACGCUAAGCCGCUCAGUCCGAUUCGCCGCAGUCCGUUACAAUAUCACGUCCGGACAAUAGCUCCUCGCCGGUCGCGAAUACCACCGACGCUACUUUAACAGAAGAGAAAAAAAAGCGUCGUCGUCAUCGUCUUUUCGCCGGCGCGCGCGCGCACUCACACACACACACACACGCCGAAUACCGCCCACACACGCACACGCGCGCGUUGUACGCAAGUCUGUCGAUUCGAUACUCAAAAGUAACGUAAAGUAACAAUAUCAAAGAUCAAACGCGCCCUUAGCAAAAUGUUGAUGUUUCUGACUACCGCCAUAUCUUGCCUGUGCAUGAUGGAUUUGGGAACGGCGAUAUCAGUGCCAACGGGCAAGACGACGCCCAUUGAACCCGCUGUGCCCGAGCCAAAAAUAAUUCCGGUGCCUGGUUCCUAUCUCGCGCCACCGGCUCCCGUACACGAGUAUUCGGAAGAAAGACCCGAACCACCGCCGUUGGAUCCGUCUUAUGUGCCAAUCCCAUACAACUUCAUCGAGUACUUGGCACCUCAAAGUCUUCUACUGGUACCAAUGAAAAUUAAGUUUCAAAAACCUUAUUCAAAGUAUGAAAAAUACCCACUCACAGCAACUAAGUAUCAGAAGCUUAUCAAAAAUGAAAAUAUGAGACGGAAAUAUUAUUCAAAUAUCCCACAGCCAAAUUACAUUCCAUCGAACUGGUGAGUGUUCUAAUUCUCUCAUCGUCAAAAAUGUUUGCCAUGUCAUAUAUAUACAUAUAUUAUAUGUAAUUAAAAUAAAAUGUUAUACAUUUUUUACCUCUUAAAAAUAAUUGUUUUUAUCUCUACUAUA